UGGUCUGUUAUAAAUGAGUGGUGGCGAUUCGUCCAGCCAUGGGGAAGGAUCAGGAGCUGCUGGAGGCCGCACGUAAAGGCAACGUCGCGGUUGUGGAGAAAAUCCUACAGCGGGCCCGAAGGAGUGGCCCUCUUGCAAGUUUACGCAGAGGUCCUGGGGCAAAUGUACAGGAUAGCAGUGGCUAUUCGUCACUGCAUCAUGCCGCCUUAAAUGGCCAUCCCGACAUCGUCAGACUAUUACUGGACCACGACGCCUCCACCAACAUUGUCGACAGCAAGGGUUCGUCACCCCUACACCUGGCAGCUUGGUCUGGCAAUGUCGAAAUCGUAAGACUGCUACUGUCUGGGCCAUCGAUAUGCAAUGUUAAUCUCACGACCAAAGACGAUGAAACAGCUCUCCAUUGCGCGGCUCAGUACGGUCACACCGAAGUGGUCAGCUUGCUUCUGGAGCAUGCCUGCGACCCGGGCAUCCGCAACAAUCGCGGCGAGACUGCCCUGGAGCUCGCCGCCCAAUACGGAAGGUUGGACACAGUCGAACUGUUGAUCAGAACCGACCCGUAUCUCAUCAAGUUGCUGAAGAAGACCACUCCGGACACGAUCUUUCCCCACACGCCGUUGCAUAUGGCCAGCAGGAAUGGACAUAAGAGUGUCGUGGAGGUGUUGUUGCGUGCAGGUUUCAGCGUGAACAUGAGGACGAAACAAGGGACGGCGUUGCACGAGGCCGCCCUGUGCGGCAAAGUGGAGGUCGUCCGCACCCUCUUGGAGCACGGAGUCAACACCUCGAUACGCGACAGCAACAACUUCACAGUCAUGGACCUGCUCAGCCAGUUCAACACGGCACAGGCCUCGCAGGAAAUCAUCAGCAUCUUGAAGAGAUACAAGUCGGGUUUGCCGAUCGGUGACAGCGACGCGGACAGCGUGAUCCAGCCGUUUCCCACGUUCUCGAACGCCACAGACUCGGACCUGGGCAGUCCGUACGAGAACGUGAGACCGUCGUCGAAGAACGCCAGGUCCGUGACGACGGAUCCGUCGCCGGGUACUUCCCCGCAACGUUGGGACUUCAGGCACGCACGUCCGCCUGAGCAGUUCGACGACCGACGCGUGUCCGCCGUCUCCGGGAUGUCGAUCAUGAAUUAUACAUCUUCCCCCAAAAACGGCACCAACAAAGAGGAUAGCGGCUAUGUCGAAAUGACUUUAUCACCGCGCAAUUCCAAGCCGUACAAAAGUCUGCCGAUCCAGAAACGCAACCGCUCGCCCACCUUUUUGACACGUACGUCGCUCCAGAAGGACCGCCUGCCUUUGGACGGCAUCACCUUCUAUUUCAACGAUCGCAAACCUAGCGACACAUCGUCGAUCUCCUCCUAUCACACGACGCUCGAUUCGCUGUCGCUUAAAGAGUUUGAUUCUUCCAGGGAGUCGGACAACAGUCUGUACCAGGUGCCGAAGGCAUUCAUGGACAACAGCGUCCACUCGGAGGACUUGAAUUAUUUGUGCGCGAGCGGCAGGGAAUCCGACCAGAUCAGUCUGUCGUCGACGGCGUCGAGCUGCGGGAAUCCCAUGAGACCCGGCAGCGGCGGCGGUCCCAUUUACAUACCGAUGAGCAAUUCAAGGGGCGGCCACAGCCCCGGGUCCAACAGCAAAGUCUCGCCUACGCCACCGAAGAAACCGCCUCGCAGGAACAUAUCAAUCUCUCCGACUCACAUACAGCCGAUGUCCAUGUCCGUGGACGGCGUCAGCAACAACGCCUACGAAUACGUUUACCUCGCCUCGACCGGCACCAGAAGCCAGGGCAACCUGACGGACAUCGACGGCACUGACACGCGCCGCGAGCGCCUCGCCCACGGCCGAAGCGUGGACCAAUACGUCGAGAUGAACGUCUUCAACAUAGCCCUGGACGAGGACGAGCACGACCGCAGGGGCAAAGAGCUGCACCGCGGCAAAAGCGAAGACUUGGACUGUCGCAAGCGGCAGGAACCGAUCGCCAUCACCUCCAUGUACGAGAACGUACCCAUCAAACAGCAAAAUCCCCGGAGGAAGUUGCGCAGGCACGUUGACUACGAGGACUACGACUUCAGGAGAAAGGAGACGCCGACGUGCUCAUCGGCGCCGGAGACGACGUUCGUGAGCAGCGCCUACAUUAUGGUGUCGGAUGACAACACUUCGGACAGGGAGAACAGAGAAUUGAAGACUAACGGCAGGAGGGCGCACGAAUUUCCGCUCAGUCCGACGCAUUACAAUCAGCCGCCCACGCCCGAUCAUCCGCCGCCCUCGGCUCUGCAGGCGGAGUCGUUGAUCCACGAGAAAAUGCGCCCGCUCAGUCAGGAGUACAAAAGACGGUCCAGAGAUAUGGAGACUGAAACUGAAGAAGAGUAUCUUCUGGUUUGCGACGAGUCCAGUAGUUUUUCUAGCAGCGUUUCCCUUUCUGAUAGAAGUACAGAUAAUAUUAUAGAGGAGUAUCAUUCCGAGGCACCAUUUGCAGGUUUAAUAAAAGGCUCAGCCCGUGUAUUAGAAAACAUCAACUCGAACACACCGGCGGAACGUCCGAAGACGCUGAAAAAGCUGAAACGCGUUUACGACAACACGAACAACGGAGAGAACGAGCGUUCGUCCAGCUCCGAAAAAGAAUCCGACAACAAGGAGAACAAAGAACGGGUAUCGGCCCUGUCGCCGUUCGACGAACAGGAGGAAUGGGCCAAAAUCCAGGAAAUAAUGUCCUCCUUCGGCACCGGAAUCGUGAGAGAGUCGGUGUUCGUGGCCGAGUUGGAGAAGGAAUUUCAGAACAGGUUGAUGACAAUCAGUUGUUCGCAGAACAGUUUGUGCUCGGAUAGUGCCGCAACGGUCGAGAAAUGGCUGCAGACUUUGGAGAUGUCUGAUUAUGUUGGGCCGUUCAUGAAUAACGGCUUUGACGACGUUAAAUUUCUGAACGGGGUGAUCGAAGAUGCGGACCUCAAGGAUAUGGGAAUCACCAGCGAGAUGGAGCGCCAAUUAAUAUUAGAUGCUGUAAAAAAACUACCGCUUAAAAUCAACGACCAAUCUAGUAACUACGCUAACAAUAACGAUGAGAACUGCGUGAAAAAAUGGUUGAAGAGGAUCAAUCUGGAACAGUACUACGAGACUUUUGACAAACACCUGUACCACGAUAUGGAACGAAUAAAACGAAUAUGGGAUGUGGAAUUAAGUGCCGUUCUAGACAUCGACAAAGUGGGACAUCGCAAGAGGAUUUUAGCAAGUGUCAGCAGUGGAGAACAUGUCGUCUCAGGACCAAAAUUGGAAGAGAUCAAGCCUGAUAUAGGGUUAUUGAAGACGAAUCAGCCAGUGGCGGAUAUGCCAUCACCGUCUUCAAAAUCCCUGAACAGUAACACUGGUACCAUUAGGCACAGACAUAAAAAAUCCAGACCUGCACCACCUCCUCCUGUGAAACAACCGGAAAAGAAGAACGUGGCUGAAAUGUUUGUUGGUGGUACGAAUUCCAUAAGGUCCCAGUGGAGGCACCAGCCCAUAUCCCUCAUCACUGGGUGUGCUAAAUAUUUUGCCAACUAUAUGGGGUCUACGACAAUUAUAGACUUCAAAGGAACUGAAUCCAGCAAGAGAUCCAUGCAAAAAGUGCUGAAGAGCAAAGAACAUCCCAGUGAGGAAGUGUGUCUUUCCAUUUCGUACAAAGGAGUCAAGUUUGUUAGUCCAGAUACACAACAAAUCAUAUGCGACCACGAGAUAAAACACAUGAAUUGCGCGUGCCAAGAUACGGAUAAUCAAAAUAUUUUCGCUUACAUCACCAAAGAUGCCGACACAUUCUACUGUCACGUGUUCCAAGCCUCCUCCCCGGAACAGGCGACCGACAUCAUCCUCACCCUGGGCCAGGCGUUCGAACUGGCCUAUCAAAUGGCGCUCCGCGACCAAGUGACCAGCAAGACCAAAACGAACCGCGAGAGUCACAAGCCGGCCGUCAGUCCCGGUUCCGUGUCCUCCCACAGUCGGGACUUCAAGGACACGAGGACGACGGACUUCAAACUGAACGGGCAUCCGCUGAAAAUGAAGCCGCUUACGUUGUCGAUCGCGGCCGAGCCGCAAAUCGACGUGCCCGUUCAGAAGACGGCUUCCAAGGCCAGUCACAACAAUUAGGGGUGGAAUUGGGAGGGUCGGUUUUUUAUUUGCUUGUAAUGUGAGUAGGAUUUGUAUGCUCUUGAUGUAUGUAAGUUGUCAUUUGCGUGUUUUGAUGCAAGUAACUUUAUAAACGUAUUUAUUGGAUAAUAUUGAUUUUUUUAAGAAAUAAUAUAAUGAAAAUGAUAUUUGUAAUCUUAAAAGUUACUUGCACCUUAUUCAUCUUUAAUUUUAACACAUAUCAAUUUAAUAAUAAUGUUUGUGGUGACUAUUACAUUCUUCACUUCCUUGAUGCACAUAUUCCAAUAAUUUCUUCACCUCGUUGAGACGAUUUAAUUUUUCAGAACCUUCGAAAGCAUAUUCGAAGACGAUGCGCUUCCUUUGACUAAUCUAUAUUCAUUUUAGUACGACUCGUACUAAAAGCACUGCCAAUAUACAUUUUACAUAACAUAUAUACAAAAGCAUCGAGCUGUUUUCAUCUUUUCUUUCGGUAUUUAAAUGUUCGUAAGAUUAAGAAUAAAACACCCUAAUAUGCAGAAAUGUGUACAUAUAAAAAUUAAAUGUUUAAAUGUUGCCAAAUUUAGAAAUAUAUCGUCGUUUUCAGAAAGUAAAUUAUUUAUUUGAUCAUUUUCAUUGAAUUUGGUGCUCAAAAUUUUAAGUAGGUUGGGCUGUUUUAAGACAUAUUUGUCUCUAACAAAUUAGUGUUUAGGCUUUGAUGUUUAUUGAAAGCACUGUUUGGGAUUGUAGGAAGAAAAAGUUUAUCUAAAUGUUGGUUGUAUAAGAUACGGUUUCGAUUGUUAGUUGAGAACGACACCAAAAAAUAGUACUCAAAUUCUUUUCAUCUGGGGUUAUCUCUUAAAACUUAAAUCAUAUAACUGAAGCAAUAGUUUUCGAAAAUAAUCAACCGAAAAGCACAUAUUUAAUACUGCCAAAAUAAGAUGUUUACACUCUGGAUGAGAAUUUAAGGACGACAUUUUUUUUCGUUCAUUUUUCACAUUGAAUCCAUUUUAAAUUCUAAUAAUUUUUAUUAAUGUAUGCAACUGUAUGAUACAAAUUAGUUUACACCAUUGUAACAUUUUCAAUUAUAAAUAUUCAUGAUAUUUUUAUUACGUAAAUGUGCAAUUUCAAUUUGUAAAUAAUUGUUUUAUUUACUAAUUAACUGAAAUACUUAACGCAUAUAUUGUAAAUGUUAAUUAUGGGAUAUUUACAAGUUUGUUAAAUUUAUUUCAGGCAAUUUUUAUUCUAAAUUAUCCGAUAAAUUAUUGUUUUACGUUUCAAAUUAACGUUACACUGAACAUAAUUUUGACAUGUAAUUGCUCGUCUUCCAGUUUGUUAAUUUUUAAACCACAAUCCAUAAAUUUAACAUUUAUAAUAAUUGCCACUAUAUGCUCAAACUUCAUUAACAUUAUAUUCAGCAAUAUAUUAUUUUUUAUUAAUACACAAUACACCUUAAACUUAUAUACAUACAUAUAUAUUGCUUGGGCCUAAGUCCCUUGCGUUUCAUAUAUUGUAAAAAAGCUCGUAAUUAAGCUAAGAAAUUUUGUGAUUAUGUUAUACAUUUUAAAAAGUUAUACUAUUAUAAAAUAAUAAUAAAAAUGUGUACAUAUGUUAGAAUAUACAUAUAUAGAAGCUUUAAUUAUAUAUAAUAGCAGGGUUAUCUGAAUAGGUUGUAUAUCGCAUCAAAUGCUCCUUGUUUAGAUGUUGACUUUUUGAAAUUUAUUUACAAUCGAUUUAUGUAUUAUUAUUUAAUGUUUUAUACGUUUUGUUACUUAAGAGAUUUGUAUUGUCUUGUAAUUCUGUUUUUUUUUAAUAAAUUAUAUUUAA